CGGUGAGGGGCGUGAAAGAGAAGGAGUGCUUCCGGUGCGGCGGUUCCGGCCCGGCCCGGCAGUGUUAGCGAGGGGUUCGGUUUCUCUCCGAAGGAACGACUUCUCAGUUCGUCUGGCUCUGUCUCGGUGCCGGCUGCCCCCGCUCCCUCGCCGCCUCUGUGCCGCCGGCCUCUUCUGCUUCCGGUCCCGCCAGACCCCCCUCCGCGCCCCGGGGCUCCUUAAGCAGCUCGAUCCUUGAAGUCCCCCCGUGUCCCCUGUGCCUCUAUAGCCUGUGUUCUCCGGGCCCCUCUAGUCCUUCUGCCCCCUCCCCUGAGGGCGGCUCCCCGGGCGAGACAGACCGACCGAAGGCCCAGUGACGGUCCUGAUCUGGCAGUUGGGGGUUUGGAGAGGUGGCCUGGCAGGUACGAUCUUCUUCAGAAGUGAGACAUGGGACUGACUGGCCUCGAGGCAGCCAUGGCGCCUUCUGACUGCCCAGCUAGGGGGAUGGAACUUUCCUAUCACACUGAUUAACCGUAGACUGCCCUGGACCGGCUCCCGAGACUGACCAACCGAGGCCUAAGCCGUUUUGAAGGAACUACCCAGCUGACAGGCACUAGCCAAUCCCCCCUCUCCCGCCCCCGCCCCCAUCAGGCCUGCCCACCUCACUGACCUUUCCCCACCACUACGCGUGCAGCUAUGGAGAAGAUGUCCCGGGUGACCACAGCCCUGAGUGGCAGUGCACUGACAGGUCGCACCAUGCACUGCCACCUGGACGCGCCAGCCAACGCCAUCAGUGUGUGCCGUGACGCGGCCCAGGUGGUCGUGGCUGGCCGCAGCAUCUUCAAGAUCUACGCCAUCGAGGAGGAGCAGUUUGUGGAGAAGCUGAAUCUGCGUGUGGGCCGCAAGCCCUCGCUCAACCUGAGUUGCGCAGAUGUCGUCUGGCACCAGAUGGAUGAGAACCUGCUGGCUACGGCGGCCACCAACGGUGUGGUGGUCACCUGGAACCUGGGCCGGCCGUCCCGCAACAAGCAGGACCAGCUGUUUACGGAGCACAAGCGCACGGUAAACAAAGUCUGCUUCCACCCCACUGAGGCCCAUGUGCUGCUCAGUGGCUCCCAGGAUGGCUUCAUGAAGUGUUUCGACCUUCGCAGAAAGGACUCUGUCAGCACCUUCUCGGGCCAGUCCGAGAGUGUGCGCGACGUCCAGUUCAGCAUCCGGGACUACUUCACCUUCGCCUCCACGUUCGAGAACGGCAACGUGCAGCUCUGGGACAUCCGGCGGCCCGACCGCUGCGAGAGGAUGUUCACAGCGCACAACGGGCCUGUCUUCUGCUGCGACUGGCACCCCGAGGACAGGGGCUGGCUGGCCACGGGUGGGCGCGACAAGAUGGUGAAGGUCUGGGACAUGACCACCCACCGCGCCAAGGAGGUGCACUGCGUGCAGACCAUCGCCUCCGUGGCCAGAGUCAAGUGGCGGCCCGAGUGCCGCCACCACCUGGCCACGUGUUCCAUGAUGGUGGAUCACAACAUCUACGUGUGGGACGUGCGCCGGCCCUUCGUGCCCGCCGCUAUGUUUGAGGAGCACCGUGACGUCACGACAGGCAUCGCCUGGCGCCACCCGCACGACCCUUCCUUCCUGCUCUCGGGCUCCAAGGACAGCACCCUGUGCCAGCACCUGUUCCGCGAUGCCAGCCAGCCUGUUGAGCGCGCCAAUCCUGAGGGCCUCUGCUACGGCCUCUUUGGGGACCUGGCCUUUGCGGCCAAGGAGAGCCUAGUGGCUGUGGAGUCGGGGCGCAAGCCCUACACUGGGGAUCGGCGCCACCCCAUCUUCUUCAAGAAGAAGGUGGACCCUGCUGCGCCCUUCGCGGGCCUCGCCUCCAGCGCCCUCAGCGUCUUCGAGAUGGAGCCCGGCAGCGGUAGCAUGAGCUGGUUUGUGGACACGGCCGAGCGCUACGCCCUGGCUGGCCGGCCGCUGGCUGAGCUCUGUGAGCACAACGCGAAAGUGGCUCGGGAGCUCGGCCGCAACCAGGUGGCGCAGACGUGGACCAUGCUACGGAUCAUCUACUGUAGCCCUGGCCUGGUGCCAGGCACCAACCUCAACCACAGCGUGGGCAAGGGCAGCUCCUGCGGCCUGCCACUCAUGAACAGUUUCAACCUCAAGGAUAUGGCCCCAGGUCUGGGCAGCGAGACGCGGUUGGACCGCAGCAAGGGUGACACGCGGAGUGACACAGUGCUGCUGGACUCCUCGGCCACGCUCAUCACUAAUGAAGAUAACGAGGAGACGGAGGGCAGCGACGUGCCUGCCGAUUACCUCUUGUGUGAUGUGGAGGGUGAGGACGAUGAGCUGUACCUGCUGGACCCUGAACACACGCACUCCGAGGAGCCCGAGUACGUGCUGCCCCAGGAGGCCUUUCCGCUGCGCCACGAGAUCGUGGACACUCCCCCCGGGCCCGAGCACCUGCAGGACAAGGCCGACUCGCCCCACGUGAGCGGCAGUGAGGCAGACGUGGCCUCCCUGGUGCCCAUGGACUCUUCCUUCUCCCUCAUCUCGGUCUCGCACGCGCUGUAUGACAGCCGCCUGCCGCCUGCGUUCUUCAGCGCUCUGGUGUGUGACAUGCUCCACUUCUACGCUGAGCAGGGGGACGUGCAGAUGGCCGUGUCGGUGCUCGUUGUGCUGGGGGAGCGCGUGCGCAAGGACAUCGACGAGCAGACCCAGGAGCACUGGUACACAUCCUACAUCGACCUGCUGCAGCGCUUCUGCCUGUGGAACGUGUCCAACCAGGUGGUCAAGCUCAGCACCAGCCGCGCCAUCAGCUGCCUCAACCAGGCCUCUACCACCCUGCAUGUCAACUGCAGCCACUGCAAACGGCCCAUGAGCAGCCGGGGCUGGGUCUGUGACAGGUGCCACCGCUGCGCCAGCAUGUGCGCCGUCUGCCACCACGUGGUCAAGGGUCUGUUCGUGUGGUGCCAGGGGUGCAGUCACGGCGGCCACCUGCAGCACAUCAUGAAAUGGCUGGAGGGCAGCUCCCACUGUCCCGCCGGCUGCGGCCACCUGUGCGAGUACUCCUGACCCCCCUGCGGGACCGGGAGGGGAGGGGUGGGCUUUUGAACCAAAUAAAGAAAGUGGGAACCGCGCGGUC